CCAUCCUCAUUUCUUGCAAAACCAAGCAACGUGAGCUCAGUGAAUCCCGCAAAGAAAACAAAGCAUCAGCAUAGAAUAAAAGCAUCAGAUAAUUAGCUAAUUUAAUUACUAAUUAACUAUGAGGAACCCAUCUUCUUCAACUUCACCCAGCGCCAAGAAGACAACUGCCACACCAUGCUGUAGCAAAGUGGGAAUAAAGAGGGGCCCUUGGACUCCUGAGGAGGACGAGCUCCUGUCUAACUACAUCAAGAAGGAAGGCGCUGAACGUUGGCGUACGCUGCCAAAGAGGGCCGGGCUGCUUCGAUGUGGAAAGAGUUGUCGCCUCCGAUGGAUGAAUUAUCUCCGGCCGUCUGUUAAGAGAGGGCGUAUUGCUCCAGAUGAAGAAGAUCUUAUUCUUAGGCUGCAUAGGUUGCUCGGUAACAGGUGGUCUUUGAUAGCUGGAAGGAUUCCAGGACGCACGGAUAAUGAAAUCAAGAACUACUGGAAUACCCAUCUCAGUAAGAAGCUGAUUAGCCAAGGGAUUGAUCCGAGGACCCACAAGCCAUUGAACCCUACCCCUAAUUCCUCCCAGUUUGCCCAAGAUCUGAACCAAAAUUCUGGCCCUAAAUCUGUUGAUUUGGAAGAAACUGGCAGGACCUAUAGAGCUAUAGCCACCAAAGUGAGCAAAAAUUUCAAUAUUACUAACCUAGAACGUUAUCAAAACCCAAUAGUUGUCGAAGAUGGUAACGGUAACUGGCCUAAUUGUAAUGGUCUGGUUAUGGGUUUACAAAGUGACCAAGGACCAAGCAAUACAGAAUACAAUUACAUCGGAAAUGGAAAUGAGGAUACUUUCUCUUCGUUUCUGGAUUCUUUGAUCAAUGAAAAUGAAAAUCUUUUCAUGAUCAAUCAACAAAAUCAGCAGCAGCCUAAUAACAUGGUUGCACCUUCAGUUCAAGUUCAAGUUCAACCCAUUGAUCCUUCUGCGCAGACUUUCAAUAAUACCGCUCUAUGGGAAGUGGAAGUUGCUUCUUCAAUGGUUGCCAUAGGUGACGAAGAUGUUGCUUUAAAUUAGUCAUAUCCAGCUUGCUGAUGAUGACCCUGUACACAUACAAGUGCAUUAAGAAAAUCAGAUGGGAUUGACUAGCUAUAUAUAUCAUGUAAUUUGUGUAAUGUUGUGUCUUGAUGUUAUAGUCUUGUGCUUCUACCCCACCUCUGAAUAUACACACGUAGAUAUCAUUGUUAUCAAGUUGAUAGAACGCAAGUAUGUAGUGACUUAUGGAUGCAUGCACUUUAUUUGCUGCAUGUGUCGAGUCCCUUUAGAUGUCAUAGAAAAACUAUUUAAAGAAAUCGGUUUGCUAUAUUAAAGUGUUCUUUUUCUUCU